AUUAUUACACUAAAAAUGUUUUGUGGCAUAUUAAUUGCAUUAUUAGUGCUGACAACAUGCAAUGCCAAAGCAGAACCCACAAUUUCUGUAGAUACUUCCUUGGGUCAGUUGAAGGGUACACAAAUGGAGUCACGUUCAGGUGAUAAAUUUUGGGCGUUUCGUGGUGUGCGUUAUGCUCAACCACCUGUGGGUGAAUUGCGUUUUCAAAAUCCUCAACCGGUUAAAGCCUGGAAACCCGAGGUGUAUGAUGCUACUAAAGAUGGACCUAUAUGUCCACAAAUAACGGUUAAUUUAACAUAUCUAUCCGAGGAUUGUUUGCGUUUAAAUGUCUACACUAAAGACACGACAGCUCGAAAACCUGUUAUUGUGUAUUUGCAUCCAGGAGGAUUUUAUGCUGUUGCUGCCAUUAGCAGUUAUGCCGGGCCAGAAAAUUUUAUGGAUCGUGAUAUUGUGUUGGUGACGUUACAUUAUCGUUUGGGUUCUUUGGGAUUUUUAGCUACUGGUACUGCUGAGGCAGCCGGUAAUAUGGGCUUAAAAGAUCAAGUUGUGGCAUUACGUUGGAUACAACAACAUAUCGACAAAUUUGGUGGUGAUCCUAAUUCAGUAACUCUUUGGGGCUAUAGUGCUGGUAGUUUCAGUAUAGGUUUACAUAUGAUGUCGCCCAUGGCGAAAGGUUUAUUUCACCGAGGUAUUAUGAUGAGUGCCUCUCCACUGGGCCAAUUUAAAUAUAAGACAGAUCAAUUGGACUUGGCAGAAAAGCAGGCCAAACUUUUGAAUUGUCCUGUGAAACCAAUUAAGGAGAUGGUAAAGUGUUUGAAAACGAAACCCAUGAUGGACUUUGUUAACACUACAAGAGCCAUGUUUGAGUUUGGUUGGAAUCCUGUCUUAAAUUGGAAACCUGUUAUAGAAAGUGAUUGUGGUGGCAAUCAGGAACGUUAUCUAAUAGAGGAUCCAUAUACCACAAUGUCCAAUGGUAAUAUCUACAAAGUUCCUCUAAUAACGGGCAUUACAGAAUACGAAUUUUAUUACAUUGGAUACUACACUCUACGUAAUGAAACUCAACGCCAAUUUUUUAAUGAAAAUUUUGCAAAAUAUACGCCAAUAUAUUUUCUCUAUGAACGUGAAACGCCCAAGUCUCUACAAGCUAGUGCAGCUUUUCGUUCAUUUUAUUUUCAAAAUAAAUCAAUAGAAUAUCCACAAUCAUUAAUACCUUUUGGCGAAUUAUAUGGCGAUGGUUUAAUUGGUUUUGAAUAUUAUCGUUUCUUGCAAAUGGUUUCAAAGUACACUCCAGUCUACACAUAUCUUUUUACCUACAAAGGACGCUAUAGCCAUUUUGUAAAUCCCGAUACAAAUCAGACUUUGGGCGCUAUGCACCACGAUGAAUUGCUGUAUUUGUUAAAUGCUCCUCUAUUAACACCCCAGUUCAAGAAAACUGAUCCCGAAAAUGAUACAAUUGAACGAUUAACUAGAUUGUGGUUUGAGUUUGCCAAAAAGAGUGAUCCCAAUAAUGCUUCCGAUGAAUACUUAAGAUCUGUAAAAUGGCCUUUGUACUCCGAAGACAAGAAGCAAUAUCUGGAAAUUGGUCAAAAUUUAAAUGUUAAAUCGAAUGGUAUCUUUCAAGAACGUUUUCAAUUAUGGGAUCGUCUAUUCCCCAUACCUGAAAUGUUAAAUUCUGAUAAUGGACAAUGUCGAAUUUAAAGAAAAGAAAAUACAUACUAUGCAGAAAAUACAUAAAUGCAUACUUUAAAAAGAA